AUGGAGAUUCACGAUGGCAGCGCAAAGGUGUCGUCACCCCUAGAGCCGCACCAUCGCGUCUAUUCCAUUGAGUCACCACUUGAUCUUCCUGGACAUCGUCGUCGAUCAACCAACCAUGACCACGCUUCGGCUACGACAACCCCAGGAGGACAUCUUCCUUCGGAGAGGGCAUCAACGCCUCUAGACCGUGCUUCGGGGUACAUGGGCUUUACCAGCUACUCGUCAGUCUUUGAAGAGACGCAAAAUAGUCUUUCCAUGCUUCAGGGGUUCCAAGCCUGGCUGCCCCAGCCAACAAACGCCAGGCUAAGACAGGGCGAGGGCACCGAAGAACUCCCCAGGUACCUUUGCUCGCCGACAAAGGAGAUGUCCCUUGUCGUGCUUCGGGCUAUCCCGUCCCCGAACAUGGGCUAUAUUGAAAUUGUCAAGGACUCUCCAUUCUACCGAGAUGGCUGGCUCAGGGUGACGGCGCGACGUGUGCUCUCGGAUUUACACGAGAGGUUCGGCUCGUAUCUAGGGCCUUGCCGUGUGGACUCCCAGCUUGAAGACAUUGCGCUUUUCUUGAGUGAUAACACAACUAAGCCAUUCAUAGAGGGCGAGCCAGACCCUGAGAAAUGGAUCGGCCAGUUCACGGGGCCCAAUUUGAGAUGGGAGUCACUCGGACUCAUUUUUAGCUACGGCGCACUAACCUUUCUGGACGUCAACAAACCAAACAGUGGAUUUGACAGCAAUGCGGCCAAAAAAGAAUGGGAAGAGAUAUCUCGCGUCUCCCUUGGUCUUUGCAUGGACCUGAGCAGGAGAUUUGCAUCGGCGAACAGCCUGUUAGCUCACCUUUCGCAGCGGCGAAGCACACUGGAAUCCAUCCACGCGGGAGAUGCUAGCUAUUCCACAUGGAGGAGCGGAGCAGAGUCAGUGGCUUUGGCGACAUUCCUUGGGAUGCAUGCCGAGUCCAAUUCCCCGUCCUACGAGCCGUCAUUGGCUUCUGAGUCUCGACGGAGCCUUUUUGCUCAGAUGUUUGUCGGGGAAAAACACGCAGUCUUGUUCACGGGUCGGCCGCCCAGAAUCUCGCACCGAUAUGCGUUUACACCCCUUCCCUUGGACCUGCGGGACGAGGAUCUGCUUGAGGGGGGCGAGACUCUUAGGGCGGCUGUGAAGGCUCUGGAUGAGAACGGAUGGAAUACGAACGGGAAGGUGUACCCUACGACUUUUACUCGAGCGAGAUACAUUAUAGCGCUUAUACGAGAUGAGUUGGUUGAACUUGGUAUAGGCAAAACCAGGCAGAAAGUUGCCAGUGUUCUUCUUCGUGAUCUCAAAGAGCGGCAACAUGAGGCUGUCAAGGAGUUCCCUGCGACGAUAGCCUACAAUCCCGCUGAUUUUAACGACCCCGAUAUCAACGUCAAUCUGAUCGUUGCGCGAAUAAUACUGCAUCUUGAGGAGCUGGAAAAUUUGUUCCUUAUUGAGCGAGUGCUGUCAAAGCACGGUGAGGCGGAUGAAGGAGGAAUAUUGCUCAUUGCCUUCCAGCUCGUGUCGUUGACGCUGUUGUUCUGGACUCACAAGGAUCGCUUUGCCCCUUUUAGGAAUGACUUUGAGUGGCUGGUCAUGGCCUUUGCAACGCCCAGCGGUGGCAUCCUUUGCAUGGAGCUCCUCAACCCCACGUUCAAGGGAAGUCAUCCAAAGAACCCCUCCAUAACACGAUCCAACAUCAUCCAGCAGCUCAGCCUCCUCAUAGGCUUCCUUGAAUGGAUUGACCCCUCUAGACCGAAUAGCGACUUAUGUGCGACGACGAGCGCCGUGAUGAGGCGCGUGCUGGACCAUGUUCUUAACACUGCUAACGAGAACAUGAGUUGGCGGCCGGAAGCAAUGGACAACAUGCAGCUUGACUUUAGCUUUGAGCUCUUCGAUACGUUUGAUUGGAUGAAACAUGAUGUGAUGACGAACCCGGCGAUGGGGAAUUGA